AUGCUGGAAAUGCCUCAGCUGUACAGAAAGUGCUAUGAUCAGCCGUUCCAGAUGCCGAGAGAUGACCUGGGCGGCACAGAAGCAGGUGGUUCCUCACAUUUCCACUGUUUGCUGUCUCGGUCAGUUCUCGCCCUUAAGGAGUUCCUCUUAGAGAAAGAGGUGGCCAGGUUUCGUCCUUAUGAUGUUGAGUUCCUCUUACAUCCACUGAUUCAGAGUUCUUCAGCUGAACAGGAGACGGAUCAGCCUGGGACGUCAAUUGCUACACAAAUUCGAAAACUUCUGAAAGAGACACUGAGCAUUCUCCAAGAUGAGGGACAAAUAUUUCGUAAAAUGCGGACCCCGGAUGAAGUCUACAAUGUAACAGAGCAAGACAAAGAUCUUCACACAGCGAUCAAGGACGUUUUACGAGAGGAUACCAAACGGGAAAAAUAUGCUGAAAAAGGAUGCCAUGUCCUGCAUAUAUUGUCCAGCCUGAGGCAGCGCUACAGCCAAAAUCUGAGUCGAGAGGUGCUGGAGGUUGCCCUGACAUUCUUAGAAUGCAAUAGUGACAUAAUAAGCACAACAGAAGCGCACUACACUGUUUUGUAGCAUUGUGUUUUAAUUCCAUAAAAUAUAGUGUUAAAAACAAUCAUGAAGACAUAAUGUUAACAAGUUAC